AUGUCUGAUGAAGAGCUUGAGUUAAGUGAUAAUGAAGAAACCAACCAUAAGUCAGAGCUUGUUGCUAAGUCCCAUAACGAUGAAAGUGAUAGUGACCCAGAGCCUCCAAAGAAUGAUGAUUAUCAAGCUGAUUCAUACAACGCAAUUUCGGACAAUGAUAAUGAUACUCACAAUGAUUAUGGAUAUAAUGAAGAACCAGCUAAAUCAAAAUCUAAAAAGAAGUCUACAAAGCAAAAAGUUGAAUUAACACCUGAACAGCAAGCAAUUGAUGCAGAAUUCGAAUCAUUACUUCCAAGGAAAGCAAAGCGCGUUGUUGAUGACAAUCCAGAUGAAGUCUCAAAGAUUAAUGAAGCCCGUGCAAAAAGUCUUAUUGAAGACAUGGAUCGCGCUUACAACCAAGACUACCAAUCAAAGAUAGUCAAGACAACACGCACAUUUGCACGUCAAAUGUUCUUGACAAAGAAUUUGGAACCAGUUUCUCAUGAUGUGGAACUUACAAAGGCUUUAAUUCAGUCUGGAGUAUUGGAUAGAUUCAAGACAUGGAUUAAAGGCUUCCCAGAUGGCUCACUUCCAACAGUUACCAUCGUAGAACUGAUUCUCAAAUGUUUGGCUUCUUACAAACUUGAUGAUGAACAAAUUAGGACAUCUGGUGUUGUUGAAACAGUUAAUGCUAUCGAUACAAAGAAUACUUCACCGAAAGUUGUUGAUCUCAGAGAAUCUUUACUUUCUACUUGGAAACGUCAACUCGUUCAAGCUAAAUCUGGCUACGAAGUUCAGCGUUCUACUACAGUCGAUGUUAACUCCGAUGUUACAAAGGCUAUUAAGGACUCUAACUACUUGAGAGCUGAUGAACUCGCAAAGAGGCAGAGAAACCAGGAAAUUCGUAUGAAGACACUCGAAGAUGCAGGAUUCAAGGUUGAUAGACCACUUCUUCAGCCCUCUGAACCUCUUAGAAUUCUUAAGUCAGUUGAUAAGGUCAAGGGACGUCAUUAA